UCACGUCGGAGCCAACCAUAACCUUUUCUCCCCUGCCUCAAGUUUUGAAGGGUCAUCGACAAGAAAGAGGAACGCCCACACCCGCCAACCCCCCCAACUAACUAUACCACCGACUCUCUUCAUCGACUUAAUCUCUGCCAAUCGAGUGUUCUGAAGAGCAUAUUUACCCAACUUUCACUAUUCUUUUGCGCAACAGCCGAUACCCCCUCCAUAAAAAAAAAACUUCUUUUAGAUCUGGCAGCCUUACCGCACGAGCUCUUUUCUUCCUUUGCUGUUGACGCCGCCCCCGAUUUUUUGCGUCGCAAAGCACAGCUCAACCUGGCCACGCCCCCUCUCCGAUUCUCCGCCGUCUCUAUAUCAAAGACGCGACGAAGCAAACGAGGCCAUUUUCAAUCCGAACAUCGAUCCGCGACCGAACGAUACCUGCUGCUGAGACAAGCUCGAAAUUGGCUGCCUGCUUGCUCGCUGUGACAGCUUGCCUCUUGACCCUUCCUCAUAUUUUUGCCCUUUCUUCGCCCAAGCAAUGGCCAACCAGCAACAACCGAGACACCCUUACGGCGGCAACCAAGGCUUCAUGGCAAAUGGAGCUCACAACGUAGCUGUUCCUCCUGGCGCCACGCCGCUGCUACCAAACCAGGGUCGCAUCAUCCAGACCGGUCCUACUCGAGUCCUUUGCAUUGCCGACGUUCGAGGAAACCUGCGAUCAUUGAACGAUCUUGCAAAGCAAGCAAACGCAGACUACGUUAUUCACACCGGAGACUUUGGUUUUUACGAUGAUACUUCACUGGAGCGCAUUGCCGAAAAGACCUUGAAACAUGUCGCCCAAUACUCUCCGUUGAUCAGCGAGUCCGUCAAGAAGGCCAUCCAAGUCGGUGGAAAUGGUUCAGUCAAGUCACGAUUCCCUCCUUCUGAGCUCCCACUCUCUGAGCUAUCGAUGCUUCUGAACGGCGAUUUCAAGCUCGAUGUUCCCGUCUACACGGUCUGGGGUGCCUGUGAAGAUGUGCGCGUGCUGGAGAAGUUCCGCUCCAAAGAGUACAAGGUGCCUAAUCUCUUCAUCAUUGACGAGGCGCAGUCGAUGCUCCUUGAGGUUUCGGGCGUCAAGCUCCGACUGCUGGGUCUUGGUGGUGCCGUCGUGAUGCACAAACUGUUCGACAACGGCGAGGGUAGGACAACGAUCGCUGGAGGACAAGGUACAAUGUGGACGACGUUGCUACAGAUGGGCGAGCUGGUCGACACAGCCAACCGUGUCUACGACCCAACAGAGACUCGCGUGUUCGUCACUCACGCCUCGCCUGCCCGAGAGGGUAUUCUCAACCAGCUCUCCGUCACACUCAAGGCCGACUUCUCAGUAUCUGCCGGUCUUCACUUCCGAUAUGGCAGCUCAUACAACGAAUUUUCCGUCAACCCCACGCUCGACCACUACAGAGGAAAGCUUGCUGCAAGCAAGGCUUCUUUCAACGAUGUUUGGGAAACGGUCAAGGCGGAGGUUGAGCCGGCGAUCCAGCAGAACGAGGCUCAACAGAACCUACUCAAGAACGCCCUGGGUAUUGUCGAGAAGAUGCCAUCAACUGCGGCCGGAGGAAACCCGUUCGGUGGGCAAACGUCAGCUGCGGUUGGGCAGGUUGACGAGAGCGCUUUCAAGAACAUGUGGAACUUUAACCUGGCGGACGCUGCUUUUGGCUACUUGGUUCUUGAGAUUCAAGAUGGUCGUAUUGGUACUGAGAUGAGGGCUCAGGGCUUCAACUUCUCACACCGUGGCGCAAAGCAGCAGCCCAGCACGGCAGCCGCUGCCCCCUCCGCUCCUGCUGCCCAGAGCGCCCCCACAGCCGCUCCUAUCCCCUCGCGGCAGCAAUCCCAGGUCGCCCCUGUCCCCAAGGCAUCGCCGGGGCCGCAGGCCAAGCCUGGAACCCCGAAGCCUGCGCCCUCGCAAGGCGAAAGUGAGAAGCCCGCGCCCGCCAACGGCGCAGCGCAUAGUGGCGAGGCCCCCGCGGUGUCGCCCGCACCCCGGGCCAACCACGAGAACACUAUCGGUCUUUUCGUCAUGAACGCCCAGAGCGACGAGCAGGUCCGCGACAUCUUUGCCGACGAGGACAAGGCCAAGAUUGCAAAGAUCGACAAGUGGGGAGCCACGAACAAGGUGGUCCACUUCAAGACGGUCGAGGAGCGCGACGGCGCCAUGUCACGACUCUCGGAAGAGUACAAGGGCCAGCGCUCGCACGAGGACCGCAGCAAGCCGCUCGUGCGCAUCUUCCAGCACCGUGAGCGCGAGAACCGCGGCGAGCCUAGGGAGUCGACAAAGAGCUAUGGCAACCGCGGCGGCGCGGGCACGUGGGGUAGCAGCCGUGGUGGCAACGCUGCCGGUCAGGACCGUGGUGGCUACAGGAGUGCCGGCGGUGGCACCGCCAGCGACUCGGAAGGAGCCGGACGGAGGGGUGGCCGUGGAGGCAGGGGCGGACGUGGCGGUGAGCGCGGCGAUCGGCCAGAGCGUGGUGAAGGUCGGGGAGGCAGGGGACGCGGUCCGCGCGGCGGGUUGAAGGGCGAGGGUGGUGGUUCCGGCAGCCCAGCACCUGCCUCUGCUGCCCCCUCAGCUGAUUAAAACAAGCCAAAGAGGCCAAAAAUUAUGCAUCCUCAGUGGAAGGGUUUUUAUUUUGAGGGGGACUCUGUCUGGUUCGAAUCCCUCUUGAUUGGUCUCAGGAUUAAUUGGUCUUAUCUUUUUUUUUAUUGCAAUCUGGUGCAAACGCAAUCACUCUCUAGUGGUUCAAGCUACAGUAAUCACGUCUUUAUGCUAUCGGCCUUCCCUCUACACUAGUCUUUGUUCUUCAAAACUGCUCUCUCCGAAACGCUAUGCUGAGAUAGAGGGCAGAUACACUUUUUUUUUUAUUUCCUUUCUUGCUGUCGUUUAGUUAGGAGAUAUUAUUUUGCGUUGUGGCGGGAUGGGGUGGUUCCUUUUUUUUUCCUCUUUUUUUCUUUCUUGUUCGCCUUUACACAAGGUCUGCAAGUAGAUUUCGGUGCGUGUAAGCAAAAACAGAAGACGCUAAAAAGGGUUGAACUUCGGGUUGCACAGGUAUACUUGAACCAGAUAAUGUAUUGAAGCUUGAUUACGCAGUAUUUAUUCUUUUGCAUUACCUUAUAUCCUUGGUAUAGA